AUGGGCGACGAGAGCAGCAACUACCAGUGGCACGACGAUUUCAGAUUCGGGGACGAGCUCAUGAGGGAGCUUCUCGACGCCCCGGCGAUGGUGGCCGGCGCUGACAAUUUUUCUUCCAACAAAGGUGCUGAUGAGGAGGAGGAACGGGAGGAGGAUGGACCGGCAGGAGCUCGGCGCCGGGAGUCGAUGGUGAACAGGCUCAUCUCCACGGUCUACUCGGGACCGACGCUCAGCGACAUCGAGAGCGCCCUCUCCUUCACCGGCGUCGGUGCCGACUCGCAGCAGCUCCUCGACAGCCGCAAGUACUAUAGCUCUAGCCCAGUGGUUUUCUCGCCGGACAAAGUGCUGAGCAAGAUGGAGAACAAGUACACGAUGAAGAUCAAGAGCUGUGGCAACGGGCUCGCCGACGAUGGGUACAAGUGGAGGAAAUAUGGCCAGAAAUCCAUCAAGAACAGCCCCAACCCAAGGAGCUAUUAUCGGUGCACGAACCCCCGGUGCAACGCCAAGAAGCAGGUGGAGCGCGCCGUCGACGAGCCGGACACGCUGGUCGUCACCUACGAAGGCCUCCACCUCCACUACACCUACUCCCACUUCCUUCAGCACCCGACCACUACUCCCUCCCCCACGGCCGCCGCAGCGGCCAAGAAGCCCAAGCUGCACCUGCACACCACCCCCGCAACAACGACUACCUCCCCGCCGACGACGUCCAUACUGCUCGACGGUGCCGUCGUCCCUGCAGGCGCUGGAGGAGACAGCAGCAGCGAUAGUGGGGGUGGUCAUAACGUGGCCGCAGACGCAGGCUUCCAGCUUGAGCACGCAGUGCCCAACUGCUCGGCGUCGUCGUUUUUGUUCGACGGCGGCUUUGCUAGUGGCGAGGAGCGGAUGCUGCCGAGCGGCGGCGGGCUCCUGGAGGACAUGGUGCCGCUGCUGGUCCGGCGACCGUCGUGCAACUCCACGGCCACCACCACCACUAGCUCGUCGGGAUCGCCGACACGGGCGCCUGUGUCGUCUCCGUCGCCAUCCACGUCGUCGUCCGUGUCAUGGACCCCGGCGUCGCCGUACAUCGACAUGGCCAUACUCUCCAACAUCUUCUAG